AUGGCCUCGGGGUGUCUCCGCUGCGACCUGAAUUUGUCUCUGCGCUGUCUCCGCACCGGCUACGACUACCCGCGGGUGGAGAUAAAGAACGUGCGCAGCGUGAAGGCUGUGCGUCGCGCAAUAGAAGCAGAAAAAAGGAGACAAAAGGAGACACUUGCGAGGGGACUGUCUAUACACCCCGAAACCAGACACUGGGAUGAUACGCUCAAGCGUUGCACACAAACUUUUGCAGCUACGAAUCCUGAGCUGCAGCAGCUGCUGCAGUAUCUCUUCUCCCUGCAGCAGCAGCAGCAGCAGCAGCAGCAGCAGCAGCAGGGUGUGUGCAUGCUGGAGAGACUGGUGCCCCCAGCAGCGAGCCGAAGACAGCAGUAUAGGGUGUGGGGUGUACAGACAAAGACAGCAGCAGCCAUAGCUAGAGAUAUAAAGCUGUCUGCGUUGUUUGAAGAGUUGGUGCGUCUUGGGGUGUCUCCGCGUCGCUGUGCUUCUUUUCUCGUCGGUGGUUUGGCCGCUGCCCUGCGGGGUGUAUCUCCAGCUGACUCGAUACGCGCAAAGGACUUGGCCCCGGCUCUGCUUAAAGCAGAUAGAGGGGAGCUAACAAACAAAGCGCUGCGCCUGUACGUCGCUGCGCUCGCCCGAGGGGACCCCAAUGCGAAGACACUGCUGGCUGACGAUGGGUCACAAGAGGAGACGGAGAGAAGGGCUGCAGAGGACUUGCAGCAGCUGAUGAAACAAAAACAAAAGCAGCAGCCGGGGGCGCUGGUUGGCGCUCUGCUGUCGAUACACCCCAACCUCUCUCCUUCACGCGCACGGGGGCUCGUGGAGGAGGCGCUGGCUAGCCACAGCUAG